UGUUCAUUGACAAACGUGAAAGUCAAACAGAAUUAUAGAACGGGUGAUAUGAUUAAUUAAUGAUUAAAUUAUUUGCUUUUGACCACUGAUUCGAUCUACACAGUCCACACACCCGCCGUCUCCAAAAAUGUCUGAAACAACCACCGAGUAUUCCACCAUCCAGAGUACCGACGGAGUCAAUCUCGAUGCCAGAAUUUUCCGACCAUCCGCCGCCGAUCACGCGCACAAGGACGCCGACUAUGCGGCGUUGGUAGUGGUGAUGGUGCAUCCCUACUCAGUGCUAGGUGGCUGCCAGGGACUAAUGAAAGGAAUGGCCCGCGGUCUGGCCAGUAGAGGACUGACUGCCAUCACAUUCGACACCCGCGGAGCCGGAAAAUCCACCGGACGCGCUUCCCUCACCGGAUCCGCCGAGGUCAACGACGUCGUCUCCGUCUGCAAGUGGGCCGCCGGUAACCUCUCCGCGAGCCGCAUCGUCGUCGUGGGAUCCUCCGCCGGAGCUGCAAUCGCCGGAUCUGCAAUUGAUAAGGUGGAGGAAGUAGUGGGCUACGUCAGCUUGGGCUACCCUUUCGGAUUCACCGCUUCGGUUCUGUUUGGAGGGCACCAAAAAGCCGUAUUGCAAUCCCUAAAGCCGAAGCUGUUUGUAAUGGGGACCAAAGAUGGGUUCACCAGUGUGGGGCAAUUGGAGAAGAAGCUGAAGAAAGCUGCAGGGGAGAGGAACCAAACGCAUCUCCUUGAAGGGGUCAGCCAUUUUCAGAUGGAAGGUCCUGCUUUUGAUGCCCAAAUGGUUGAUUUGAUUCUUCAGUUCAUUACAUCAUUGUAAGGGCAUCCUCAUUGUUAGGAUUAUUGAGGAAUUAAAUUAGUGACAUGACAAAUUUUUUAGAGACAUUGAUUAUUUAAUGAGAUUAUUUGCUAGAAUAAUCCGGGAUCAAAAUAUGAAUCCGGAUUAUCUUAAGAUUAUUUGAAAAGUAUGUGUAAUACGUUAAUGUCGGACGGAGAAAAAAGCGGAUUAUUUGAAGAUGAUGGUUGAGUGGCAUAAAUGGAUUUUGAGAUUAUUUAAAAAUUAGUUAUGUAAGAAUAUUUAAAAGGCAAGAAUGCUAG